CAACAACAACCCGUCAGCAAAUUGAUCGUCGCUGGUCAUAACAAGAUUGGUCUCAGAAUUCGUCUUCAUAAAAAAACAUUCUGAGUUUCCUUAGGGCAUCGGCACGUUUGCAAGAUGUCUGCGGAAUGGAUCUGUGUCGAACGCUUGCAGGACGAAUGUCGGCGUUAUCUCGAUCGGUUCAAAGUAUUUGACCAUCCGCUUAAGCAGUCGACGAUAACGGUUCUGGAAAGUCGCGGAACUCGAGGCAAAGUAACAGUGCCCGCAAAUAGCAACCCUCCCAACAGUAUCAUCCCGACCACGGUAACAGCCGCUACACUAUCACUGGAUCCGCUUAGCAUAGCUUUCGACGGGUCUGAUCCGUUGAGCCAGUUUGCGAAACAACAAGAGACUUCACUAGGCAAAGAUCCACUUUCAAGGAUGGCAGCAGAGAUGGAAGACACGGUUCCUGUGGGGAAGACGGUAGCGGGCACAGGAAGCACCGGUACCGGCAAAUCCAAAGAACCCUCAAACCUGCUAGAACUGGAUCUCAUUGAACCCUGGGCUGCACGUCGAGGAGCUAUACUAAACAAAUAUACAACCUCUGAGAAGCUGUCGAUCGUGACGAGCUUCCUUACGGGCGGCGAAACCAUCAAACCACAAACGACAAUGUCGGAGAAAGUCAAAUAUCGAUUGGAACAACUGGAUGACUUCGAAGACGGAUCCGUGCGACAAAUGCUCGACCUGUCACAGCAGGAAUACGUGAUCAAGAUCGAACAGCUGAACCACGAGCUUGUUCUGGCCUGGAACCAGGAUCAGCGCGUGAAAGCACUCAAGAUUGCGAUUCAAUGCUCAAAGCUGCUUUCCGACACGUCCGUCAUCCAGUUCUACCCGUCGAAGUUUGUCCUCAUCACCGACAUUCUCGAUAUUUUCGGCCGUCUCGUGUACGAUCGUCUGCGUACGAAGGCUGAGUAUGUGCACCCGGGUACGCGCGAGAUGACGGCACUCCCGGAAAAUUUCACCCCAGAAAUGGUGCCGGAAUCGGCCAAGGAAACGUGCCAGAAUUGGUUCUACAAAAUAGCAUCCAUACGUGAGCUGCUGCCGAGGUUGUACGUCGAGAUAGCCAUAUUGCGUUGCUACAGCUUUCUAGCUAAGGACGAGUUUGGUCAGGCCCUGCGCCGUCUUUCGAAGAUGAUCCGAGGUAUAGGGGAUCCGCUCGUAGCCAUUUACGCCCGCUGCUACCUAUGCCGUGUUGGAAUGGGACUCACGCUCGAUCGCACCUAUAUUCGGGAAAACCUAGACGAUGUGCUUAUGGUUUACCACACGAUUUUCAAUGGCGGUAUCCGGUCAGAAAUCGCACGGCAUCGAAUCACACUGAGUGGAUACAUUUCCCUCUACCUUCCUGCCCUCGAUUGGAUCCUGCAAGGUGUUGCCAUAAUGACUACGGACGGUCAGCUCGACGCGAUUCUGCAGCGCUGUACAGAGAAGAAAAACCCUGCCCUUUUGCUGCAAUCCAUAAUGCAAUCGUUUCGCUCGGAUUUUAUUGCCUCCCGUGCAGCCCAACUGGUGCAGAUUCUCUCUUCCAUUUCGGUAGAGGGUCUUUCCCGGGGACAAUUGCUUCGACUGUUGGGCAGCAUCAUCAGUCAUACGCCACCGCCAGUUGAACAACGAGCGACCGUACUCGCCAGUGCGUGGACAACGAUCAGCGCGUUAGGAAACGUGGAGGAGUAUAUUCAGUGUGCAGAAAUGUGGGCCCAGUAUACAAGUCAGCAUUUUGGGUUAAAAGAAAUCGAUUCCUUCAUGGGGGACAUUCUUCAUCACAUGUCGCCGAACCGCGUUUAUGAGCAACACUAUCACGAACUGCAAGUAAUAGUGGAUAAAAUUGUCUCGAACGCCAACGACAUCAAUGGUAUUCUUGCGCUGGACAAUUUUCUCCCCUUACUGGAUCUGUUCCAAAAGGAAUCUAUCAAGCUGGAGGUUUGCAAAAACAUUCUCACAAGCUACCGGAAUGCCUCCGUCAGCGAUACGAUAAUAAUUAACGAUCCGGUAGUCACAAACGCGCUCAUGUACAUCAGUCGGGUUUUGAACGAUUCGGUGAACGCGCUUACUGGCGAAGAUGAACGGAGGCAAAUAAGCUCCCUCAUAUGUCACUUUAUUCGUAAGGUGGACUUUGGACGCGACUUUGAGCAACAGCUUGCGUUUUACGUCGAGGCUCGUUCCGUUCUUUCGAAUCUCGAUUCGGCACUUUCCACCCUCAUCCAUUCCGUCAACCGGUUGGCGACGAGCACUCGGCGCAUUAUUAAGGGACAGCAUACGCCAAAGACGGCCGCUUUCGUAAAGGCAUGCGCAGCCUACUGUUUCAUCACAAUUCCAUCCAUCAUCGACGUGCAAACCCGGAUGGAGCUUUACCUGCAGUCGGGACAGGUUGCAUUGCUAAACGUAUGCUUACAGCAGGCCGAUUCGUGCUUCGAGGCUGCACUCAAUCUCAUUCCGGAAGUCCCGCGCACGGUACAAAUCGAUGGGAAAACGCAGUCGUCGGAAAGUUUCCUCAAGGCGUACGUGAUCAACUUUCUUUCCACGCUCGUCAUUGUGCCGGAUAAUCCAACGCAGGGUGUGCUCUAUCUGCUUCGUCUUCUGCUCGAGGUAGUGCCAAAGUAUACGUUCGAGCCAGGCUCAAACACGCUGUCCACCAUUUAUCUGCACGUGCUCGACUUUCUUUCCGUUGCCGCGCAGGAAGUUUAUCCGUAUCAUAUCGUGAACGUAAUUUCCAACGACGAGCUGUACGGUUCCGAUCCAAAGUUCAUUGCUGAAGUGAACGAGCUUUGCUGCGACGUUUGUGAUAAACUGUUACAGCAAUUGAAGCAACUGCUCGACUCCAACGCGGUCCGGGCUCAGUCCAAGCUGGCGCUUGAUCUGUUCGUGAAAAUAAUAACCGGUGCGGACUUGACCGUAGAAAAAAUGUUUACGCUCACAUACAAUCUGUGGAAUCUCGCAGUAAAGAACCGGAACGUACUCGAGCCAAAUCAGUUGCAAAAUGUUUUGUCUUACACGGAGCAUCUGGCAACCGUUACAAAAGUCGAAACACAACAUCAGUGUCUGUUGGUCCUGCUCGAAAAAAUGAAAUCACGAAUGUAGGAAGUAAUUCACAAUUCAGUAGUAGGCGUAUUUCUU